GAUGGGGCGUGUGGGACUCCCACAAGGCUUUGUGGGGAACAGAGGCUAUGAACGGAAGCCAGAGAAGGGGUGGUGUGGCAGGAUUUACCAAGCGGCUGCCACCUCCGUGGCAUUUUCUCAACGUGCCCAGGCUGGGGGGUGGCAGCUGGAAGGGUCUGGAGUUUUGGUCCUGGACAGGCGGGAAGGAAGGCUGCAAAGCCUGGGUCGCCCAGGCCCAAGAGCAGCCGGACUGGGCGCGCUGAGGAUGGCAGUGGUGCCCUCCCCCCUUCCUGUGCAUGAGGGCAUCUCUGCUGGGCAGCGCUUGCUUCCCCUCCUGCCUGGUCUGGGUGUGGGUGUGGGAGCAAGUCCACCCUGCCUGCCGCCGUGGGGCUGGACCUCUGGGACUUCCGCCUCCUUGCCUGAAGCUAGGGCGAGGGGGCAGCUCCGGGAAGACCUCUGGACCACUUGAGUGGGGCACAAGGGCAGCUGGAAGUACAGGAUGGAAGGCAGCAGGAUCUUGGGACGGAUCUGCCUCCUGUUUGUUGCUGACAGAUUAGGAGAAGAGCAGCCCAGCUGCCUUAGUCUCCUCACCUACUGCCUCCCCCAGACCCAUCCUGCGGACAUGGCAAACAAGGGGCCUUCCUUCGGGCUGAGCAGAGACGUCCAGGCCAAGAUUGAGAAGAAAUACGACGAUGAGCUGGAGGAGCGCCUGGUCGAGUGGGUGGUGGCCCAGUGUGGGAACGAGGUGGGGCGCCCCGAGCGAGGGAGGCUGGGCUUCCAAGUCUGGCUGAAGAACGGCAUUAUCCUUGGGAAGCUCAUCAACAGCCUUUAUCCCAGCGGCUCCAAGCCUGUGAAGAUCCCGGAUCCGCCCCCCAGCAUGGUCUUCAAGCAGAUGGAGCAGAUCUCCCACUUUCUGAAGGCAGCAGAGGAUUACGGGGUGGUGAAGACAGACAUGUUCCAGACAGUUGAUCUCUUUGAAGCCAAGGACAUGGCAGCCGUCCAGCGGACUCUCAUGGCCUUGGGCAACCUGGCUGUGACCAAGAAUGAUGGGCAUUACCAGGGGGACCCCUCAUGGUUCAUGAAGAAGUCCCAGGAGAACAAGCGGGACUUCUCCGAGAGCCAACUGAAGGAGGGCAAGAAUGUGAUCGGCUUACAGAUGGGCUCCAACAAAGGGGCGUCGCAGGCAGGCAUGACGGGCUACGGCCGACCCCGGCAGAUCAUCAGCUAAACCCAGUCCAGCUGCUGUGCUGCCCCCCCCAAGCCAGCCGGUCUUCCCGCUCUUGCUAACAGCCUGGCAAGCUCUGCCCCGCUGCCACCACCAGGGGUAUCCACAGGGAACUUCCCCACCGUGCCCAAAGACUUGUGCUGCUGCUGCUGCUGCGUAGCAAUGGCCGGCCAGGCAGCCAACCUGCUCCAGAGCCGCUGGCCACUGCAUGCUGCCCGCUUCACCCACCCGCCCGCCGCCGCGCACCCUCCUGGCCUGCUUUGGCCCUGGCACACAUCCUGGGGCUGCCAGAAGGCUCCUCCCAAACUGCAGAACCGAACUUGGCUGAAGUUGCCCAAGGAGCGUUUCCUGACAAACUCUGCCGGGGCGUGAACAAAGCUACUGUUUUGUACUUUUUUGGGGUUAUUCAUUAGAUUAAAAACUGAAUCUUUUAGGA